AUGAAGAUUGUAACAUGGAAUGUAACGGGUUUAAGAAGACCUAAAAAGAGGAGGAGCAUCAAGAAUUUUGUUGUUAGGGAAAGAAAAAUUGAGGUGCUAUUGCUUCAGGAAACAAAAAGAAGCAGUAUUGACGAUUUGUUCAUCAAGUCUCUAUGGCCAGGUGAGGAUGUGGGUUUUCUGGAGGUAGGUGCUGAAGGAAGUGCUGGUGGGCUUCUGUGUUUAUGGAAUCCUGAGGUUUUUGAGCUUAGGGAGUGUUGCAGCAACAAAAGCUUCAUCCUUAUGGCAGGUAUAAUCAAUCGAACUUUUGAGUAUGUUAUUUUAAAUGUCUAUGCACCAAAUGAUGUUAUAGGUAGGAGGUUAUUACGGGAGUCACUAUCAAAACUAAAAUUAGCUUUUACAAGUCCUUGGUGUAUUGAUGGUGAUUUUAACGAAAUCAGAUUUAUGAGUGAAAGGAAAGGGUAUACUAGAAGGGAUAGAGGGAUGAUGGAUUUUAAUGAUUUCAUUGAUCUUAUGGAGUUGCAUGAUUUACCAAUGGUUGGGAGGUCAUUUAGGAAGGAGAAAAGUGAAGCAGAUUAG